AUGUCCGGGCCGCCCUCGCGCAUCCGGUCCAUCCUCGGCCAUUUGAUCGGUCCUGCUCAACCGCCGCCUCACAUUCAUCAUCUCUCACCGACCUUCUUCCUCGAACGUGCCGCCCUUGUCGAGCCUGAUGCGGACGCAAUCCUUCACAUAACGCCCAGCGGCGUCUCUUUGCGCCGCUCGUACCAAACAUUUGCAGACCGAGCUCGCGGUCUGGCCUACUACUUCAAGAAGCACAGGCUGACUCGCAUCGGCAUCUUGGCACCCAACACGCCAGCUUUCUUGGAGUCAAUAUACGGCAUUGUCGCCGGUGGCGCCGUCAUUGUUCCCGCCAACUAUCGACUGAAAGAGGACGAUAUUGCUUACGUUUUUGAGCACGCCGAAGUCGAUUGCAUCAUUGUCGACAAGGAAUUUGAGAAUUUGCUCGCCGCAUUCACGAAAAAGAACCCCAAGAUCCCCCUGAUUGUUGAUCUGGACACGGAUGCCACGGACGGUCCAUCAUGCGGUCAAUUCAACGAAGCCAUUCUUGAGGGCCUUGCCUAUGAUGAGGAGCUAGGCGGCCAUGCCUGGGCCGGCUUGCAGUCCAAGGCAACCAACGAAGACGACAUCAUCGCCAUUCCCUUCACAUCUGGCACGACGUCACGGCCUAAAGGAGUCGUCUACACCCACAGAGGUGCAUAUCUUGCGGCCAUGGGAAAUAUCAUUGAAUCCGGCCUCAAUCACGGGCGAUGCCGCUAUUUAUGGACUCUGCCAUUGUUCCACGCUCUUGGUUGGACAUUUCCCUGGUCUGUCGUGGCUGUGCGAGGUUUGAAUGUGUGCCUGCGAAAGAUCGACUAUCCGCUUAUAUGGAAGCUGUUGAAGGAGGAGGGAAUCACACACUUCAAUGCAGCCCCAACCGUCAAUACGCUUCUGGUGGCCGCCAAGGAAGCCGUCAAGCUACCCAACCCCGUCCAAGUAACGGUUGCAGCCAGCCCCCCAUCUGCUCAUCUUUUCGAGUCAAUGACCGAUCUCAACCUCAUACCUGUCCACGUGUACGGAAUGACAGAAUCUAAUUCAAGCCAAGAAACAUAUGGCCCAAUCACGAAAUGCUAUCAUCUCCCGGAAUGGGAUAACCUUCCGCCGCAGCAAAAAUACAGCAAGAUGGCCCGGCAAGGCCACGGCUUUGUCACAAGUUUACCCAUUCGCAUCAUCAAACCCGACCAGCCGGAAGGUGUGCUCAUUGACGUCGCCAAGAACGGCCAAGAGAUUGGAGAAAUCGUUUUUCUUGGCAACAUCUGUGCCAAAGAGUACUACAAAGAUGCCGAGGCAUCUCGAAAGCUCUUCAGCGGCGGCGUUCUGCACUCCGGAGACCUGGCCGUAUGGCAUCCCGAUGGCAGCGCCCAGAUCCUCGAUCGAGCCAAAGACAUUAUUAUUUCCGGCGGGGAGAAUAUAUCCUCGGUGGCCCUGGAGAGCAUGCUGGUCCAACAUCCGGACAUUCUCGAAGCUGGCGUUGUGGCUGUCCCCAACGACCACUGGGGCGAAAUACCCAAGGCGUACGUCACUGUCAAGGAGGGCAAGACUGUACGGGGAGAAGAUGUCAUCUCUUGGGCGAAGCAUCAAAGCAACAUCAGCAGGUUUAUGGUGCCCAAAGAGGUGGAGGUGGUAAAGGAGUUGCCAAAGACGAGCACCGGGAAGAUCAAGAAGAAUGACUUGCGGGAAUGGUCUCGAAAGGGCGCAAAGCGAUAG